GACGACGUCUCCGUGCGCUUUUUCAAAAGUGAAUGCACGAAAGAGAUAUUUUUUUGCAGAACUGUAUUAAACCAGGAAACGUACAACAUUUCGAAAUUUUAUGACCACGUUCUCAUGUAUUUAACCCUGACGUAAUCAAACGUAUGACUAAUGAGUGGAGAAGACAAUAGAUGGCCGGAGAUAGCCAUCAUAUAACACUAAUAAAUCACAAACAGCGCACCUUCAUUCACCGGGCGGAUGCAUGCGAGCUUUCAUCCCCUCUUUGAUAUCGGGCGGGCGGCGCAGGCGCAUCGAACAAACAGUCCCUUCGCGACGCACCUCGCGACAACAUGCCUCCCAUGUGGAUCGUACUAGCUUUGCUCCCCAUACUCGGGGGAGCAGAGAGGUUCAACUGUAAAGGUCGCAUAUUGGGCGCGUACUAUGCAGAUGCAAAAUCAGGAUGCAAGGCUUUCCACGUUUGUGUUCGAGUAGCAGGCGGUGGGAUUCGAGACUUCAGAUUCUUCUGUCCACCCGGUACACUAUUUCACCAGGAGGCGCAAACAUGCACCGAUUGGGGUGAUGACGACCCACUAGCAUGUCCCGCUGAUAUCUACGACGGUCAGUUUGAUCUCUACAAGAUAGGAUCCGGAUAUGAUACAAAGAAACUUUCGACUGGUGGAAAUCGUGACGAAGAAGCUGAAUUCGGUCUCCAACGAGCUGAGACCGGAGAUCGUCGUUUGUCCCAAGGACCUAACCAUUCUGCAUCCAAUGGAGCAUCUGAUCUUCGUGCCGCCCAUUCCUCAGAUUUCUUUAGCGGACAACGGGAAAGAGGUCGCGAUGAUUCUUUUCCUACACCAUCUCCAGUUUCCACUUCACCUGUGCGACAAUCGUUUAGAAGAAACUCAACACCUCGACCUUAUACGCAACCGCCCACACAAUACACUACACCCUCUCCGUCUCCAACACAACCUUCAAGCUCGGCUCAGUAUGAAGCUACCAAACGUAAACUAGUAAGAAAACGUCCCGUCUACGUAUCUACUCCUGUUCCGCAGUCGACAUUGGCACAAAAUACUCAAUCUACACAAACAAUUACUAAACAGCCACAACAACCAUAUCAACAGUACCAUCAACAACCACAACAACAAUAUAAUCGUCAACCACAGCAACAACAAUACCAACGACAAUCACAGCAACAAAAUCAGGAACAACCUCAACAAGAAUACUAUCAACAAAAAUCACAGCAACAAAAUCAACAACAACUUCGGCAGCAAUCUAUUUCUCAACCAAAUACACAAAUAAAUCAACAACAGCCACAAUCUCAGGUUCAGCAACAACAAUAUACUCAACAAAAAUCUCAACAAAAUAAUCAACAGCAGUCUCAACAACUACAAUAUUUUCUACAAAAGCCACAGCAACGUGACCAAGAAAAAUCACAGCAACAGCCUCAACAGCAGCCCCAACAGCAGCCCCAACAACAGCCCCCACAGCAGCCCCAACAGCAACAAUAUUUUCAACAAAAACCAUUGACAACAACUCAAGAUAAAUAUCAACAACAACAACCAGAAUAUCAGUCACAACAACAACCAGAAUCUCAAGUACACACACAGCUUCGUAACAACAAUGUUCAGAACAUUAAUCGUCGAAUUGUACCGCAAAAUCGCCAAACCACUUUGGUGUCCACCACUCCUACUUUGCCUCCUCAAUUUAAGGAAUACAAAGAUGAAUAUGUAGAAGUAAGUCGAGUUACUCCUAAACAAAAUAAAUACUUCCCUAGCAACUCUCCAACAACACUCUUUUCGCAGACAACUCCUGCACCUUUUACUAAAAAACAAGGCUUAGUAGAAUUAUAUAAUUACGAUGCACAAUCCACUCCAGGACUAAACGGUUUGAAUAAAAAUAGACAACCGAUUAAACUAGAAACAAGUUUGAGCAUAACUGAUGCUCCAUUUGAACUAAAAGACUUUUUAAAAGCUAGAAAUGUGAACACCAACACUGAUAGCUUGAGAGGUAACACAAAACCAGCCACAACAGAUUAUAACACCGCUGCAACUCGUACAACUACUACUCCAGUUUUUAAAAAUUAUAACAGUGUUACAUAUGAAUCCGAAAAAACUAACUAUGUGUCGUUUUCUAAACAAAAUAAUUUUAACAGCCCUACUACCACCCCAUCCGUUACCACUACUUAUACAACCACGCGUUCAAAUCCUCCAUCAAACCUAAAUACUAUAGCCUACAAUACAAAUUUGGGUUUUAACGCUCACAAUUUUGAUCAUGUUGAAGAAGAUGAUGGUCAGUAUCGCCCUCCACAAGGAGAGGAUGAUGGACAAUAUAAACCAGAGUUAUACGAUCGCGAAUUGUUGUCCGGAGCACAUUCUCUCAAUAUAGCAGCUAGUGGUAACAGAUUACCUGAAGAUCAAAAAUCCCGUGGCAAAUCUCAAAUUUUCAAAUCUUCCUCUCAGACUGCUGUUCCUAGACCAUUUAGACCUGCGCCUACUCCACCUGCACUAUCAACACAAACAACAUUUGUACCUGAACCAACUUAUACUACUACUGUGCGACCACAAACGCGUAAUUUUGAUUUUCAUCAAACUUAUACGACUACGUCAAGGCCAACUGAACCGCCAGCAUUUGUGCCGCAGAAUAUUGCAGCUAUAAACAACGCAGCAAUAAGAACAACAUCGAUACCUAAUACACGUCCAGAAACUGUGCCACCUUCACCACCUACAUUGCCACCAGCGCAUAUCUUACGACCUACUACUAGUACUCGCCCACCGUAUUUCGCGAAUCCAGCUAGCAAAAAGGAAGACACCAGCUACGAUUAUGCAUAUUACGACUCUGAUCCAGGUUUCGUAGAGUAUGAUCAUAUAGAAGAAUUUGGGAGAACUAAAACAAAAGCUUAAAAUUUCUGUUACUUUAACUUAAUUCACUGCCAUUAAAUUAGUCGCCUCUUUGGAUAAAAGUAUAUGUGUUCAUAGCAAUGAAUAAAUAUUUAUAUAUAACUACUAGUAAAAAUAGUACAAUAAUAGAGAUAUUAUUAAUUAUCACAGAAGAAAAUAAAAAUAGAUAAUGCAUAAUUAUCCAUUAUUAUUUUCUUCUUUUUAAAACUCACUGUUCUUCUACAUAGGUGUUGUUUUCUUAUUAAAUUUAUUACGAUUGAAAUAGCUGAUUUUUUGCUUUAAAGUUUAGAUAGUUUAUUUCUCUUAGAUAUAUAGAAUAGAGUUUGCUCCCGUGAUAAUUAAAAUCGUUAUUUUCUUUUCUAAUUUUUAAAAAUUAAAUUCUCGUAUUUCAACGCAUUAUUCGUCGGGACAGAUAAUUAGUUUCACAUGUAUAAUGUCGUAUUUUUCCAAACACAUACAUUCAAAUUAAAUACUGAUCAUUUUUGUAAAUAACUUCGUUAAUUGUUUAAUUAAUAUUAGACAGAAGAACUGAGAAACAAAUGUUUAAAACAUAUAAGUACGAGUAUUCAAAGAGGCUUAUCACUAGUUACUCUAAAUUAUUUGUGAUAUUAUUAUUCUUGUUCAUAUUGGAUUAAGUUGUUAAUAUGUAUCUUGGGUAUUAAAGUUUCAGUUGACCACUCUCUUUUCUAUUUUUUUAGUGUUGUUUUAAAGCGGUUACCUGAAACUUCGUGAAUGAAAAGAACAUCUAUAGGUAUAAUAAUGUGAGAUUGAGUUGCAUGCAGGAGUAGAUAUUUAAAUAAGCCUAAUUGUGUACAAACGCUUGAUAAAAUCGAUGUUUAACAAAUAAUUUAUGGACCUAUUUCCUAUCUUUGAACAUAGAUUGUAAGUUUUAAGGAUAGAUUGUAAUAUUUCAUUGUAAAUAAAGUUUUUAUAAAGACAAUGGUUUGUGCAAUUUGUGUCACCUCUCAAUGCUUGUGGGAAAACCGUACCACCAAACAAUUUAGACAACUGUUUGCUUGAUCUAGGGAAGUAAAUAAACAAUACACUCAGGUAGCUAAUUGGCAGGAGAAAAAAAUACAAUGAUAUUUUUUUACUGUUUAAUGUAGAUAGGUAUCAAAGUUACUGCUGGCUUUGUUAUGUGGAUCGUAUAAAUAAAUGAAUAUGGUUAUUAUAAUUGAUUGCUGUAUAGUUCAGUCAUUAUGGUUCUAUACAAAAAUGUACAACUACACAUUCAUUACGAAUGGAGAAUGCUACAAGUAUAACAUCCGCCUUUUGUAUCAUAUUUU